AGCCGCCGCGCAGGGGGGAUAAAAGGCUGCCGGUCGGGGCUCGGCCGGGUGAUCCACCCGCCGCUCCGUGACAGCCGGCGUCGCCCGGCGAGCUCCUCUGGGAGCGAGCGGCACGGCGCGGCCCGAAGCCGGGGCUCCGUGGGGCUCGCUUCCCGUACCCGCGCUCCGCGCCGCCGCCCGGCCCCGCUCGCUUGAGUGAUGAGCGCAAGGCGCCGCAGGGAGGGGAGGGGGAGCGCUACGCCAUUUUCGUAGCUGGUGGAGUAGGGGAGGGGGAAGCGAGGCGCGGGGGAAGGGGAGGAAAUGGCUCCGCAUUGGGCCGGGCGGGCUGCGGGGACGCGAUCCGCACGGUGCGUAGGGGCGAGCGGGGCGAGCGCGCCGGGGGUUGGCGUAGCGGCGAUUGGCGAAUAGCGUAGCGGCGGCGGCGGCAGGAGCUGCAGGAGGAGGAGGAGGCGCCGCGGCGGUUUGGUACCGAGCGGAGAGGGAGAUGCACACGGCACUCGAGUGAGGAAACAGAGAUGAAGGUACACAUGCACACAAAAUUUUGCAUCGUUUGUUUGCUGACAUUUAUCUUUCAUCAGUGCAGUCAUUGCCAUAAAGAUGGACGUGACCAUGGUCCUGAAGAGGGACAUGAAGACCACCAUAACUGCUAUCAGAUCUCAGAGACACCCUACCACCAGACCGCAGGAUCAGAAUCUGUGCCGAGUAAAUUUUCAGCGUCGGAAGCUGAAAAUGAACAGAAGUACUACAUUGAAAAAAUUUUUGAUCGUUAUGGUGAAAAUGGAAGACUAUCCUUUUUUGGCCUGGAAAAACUGUUAACGAGCCUUGGCUUAGGAGAAGUAAAAGUAGUAGUGAUAAAUCAUGAUGAUAUUGGCCACGAUCAUGUUUCUCACCUAUACGCUUUAGAAGUACAGGAAGGAAAGCAUUUGCACUCUCAUAACCAUCCUCAUAGCCACUCCGAUUCAGAAAACCAAACCGUGGUUGGUAUGGCUGAGAAGAAAAAUCAUAAAUGUAACUCUGAGAGAGAUGCGGUAGUGUCAUCUAUAAAAGGUGAUGGUAAACGUAUUCACGACCAGAGUCACCAUCACCAUCAUCACCACCCUCAUCCGCAUCAUCAUCUUGACCAUAAUGGUACACAUCAUUCUCGUAAUGAUUCAGUCAUUCACAAUGAACACGGAGAGCAGAAUCACGGGCCUUCCACAGAAACAAACACGACCCAGGAUCAGCGUGAAAGAAAACAGCGGAAACAGAAGAAGAAACGAAAGAAAGUCAGUGAGACUUCAGGAGAUAAUACUCAAGACUGUCCUCCGAACCAUCACCUAGGUGAUCAGUGUGAGCACAAUCGUGUUCAUAAACACGAUCAUGUACAUGAUGCAUCUCACUUUCAUGUGCACCAUCGUGAGCACAGUGGCGAUCGUUCCGCUAAUCACGGACAUCAGGAUUCCAGCCUAGGUAGUGAAGAUGGACGACACCAUACCAGCAAGCGAGAGGCACCUUGUAAGCACACAGGUGUAAGAAAACACACUAUUUCAGCACAUAGUCAUAAGGAUCGUAAUGAAGACGAACGUGAUUGUGAAGAGUGCUUGAAUGUUACUCAGCUGCUACGACGCUACGGUCUGGAAGCCAGCUCUCAAAUAUCUCCUGAAUUUUUUAUAUAUAUGUGUCCUGCUCUGCUAUACCAGAUUGACAGAAGGCUUUGUAUUGUACAUUACGAUGAGCUUGAAGAUUUUGUGAAAAGUAAAACUGCAUCAAUUGAGAAUGAAGAUAAAACAGGUGCUUCAGCCUGGGUUUGUGGUAUCAUCUCUAUCACCGUCAUUAGCCUGCUUUCCUUGCUAGGUGUGAUCUUGAUUCCCAUCAUUAACCAAUGGUGCUUCAAAUUUCUUCUAACUUUCUUGGUAGCUCUGGCUGUAGGAACAAUGAGCGGAGAUGCUCUACUCCAUCUGUUGCCACAUUCACAUGGAGGCCACAACCACAGUCACCACCAUGGCCAAGGUCACAUUCACGAACACAAGCAUUCUCAUCGACAUGCCCAUGGACACGGAAUAGAGAACGAAGGCUUUCUAGAAGAAAAUGAUCCAGUAUUGAAAGGUCUUGUUGCACUCGGAGGCAUUUAUGUUUUGUUCAUCAUUGAACACUGUAUAAGAAUGUACAAGCAUUACAAUAAACAAAAGAGUAAGCAGAAAUGGUGCAAGAAUAAACAGAGUGAAGAAUCACCAAUUGGAAGGAAACUUUCAGAUCAGAAAUUAAAUAAUAGACCAGAUGCUGACUGGCUUCAGCUCAAACCUCUUGCAGGAGCAGAUGACUCAGUUUUAUCUGAAGACAGACUUAAUGAAACCGAACUGACCGACUUAGAUGGCCAGCUGGAAUCUCCUCCCAAAAACUUCUUGUCUGUAGAAGAAGAGAACAACGUGCACCAUUCUCACAAUGAUGUCUUACGUGCUGCUCAAGAACACGAUCUUCAUGAUUUAGAGUACGACAGCCAUGGCGAAGAUAAGAUGAUAGCUAGAAAACACAGUCACCACUGGCAUCACAAACACUCCCAUCAUUCCCACGGCCACUGUCAUUCUGGAAAAGACCUGAAAGAUACAGGGAUAGCUAAUAUUGCUUGGAUGGUAAUCAUGGGAGAUGGCAUUCACAACUUCAGCGACGGCUUGGCAAUAGGAGCAGCUUUUAGUGCUGGUCUGACAGGAGGGAUCAGUACAUCUAUAGCAGUAUUUUGUCACGAGCUGCCCCAUGAAUUAGGUGAUUUUGCUGUGCUUCUUAAGGCUGGUAUGACAGUAAAGCAAGCUAUUGUGUACAACCUGCUGUCUGCCAUGAUGGCUUACGUAGGCAUGCUGAUUGGCACAGCGGUGGGACAGUAUGCAAAUAACAUCACCUUGUGGAUCUUCGCAGUCACUGCAGGCAUGUUCCUCUAUGUGGCAUUGGUCGAUAUGCUUCCAGAAAUGCUUCAUGGAGACGGAGAUAAUGAAGAGCAUGGUUAUUGUCCGGUGGGGCAGUUCAUUCUGCAGAAUUUAGGCCUGCUUCUUGGAUUUGCCAUCAUGCUGGUGAUUGCCCUCUACGAAGAUAAAAUUGUGCUUAACAUCCAAUUUUGACCGUAUUCUGGUGUUUGCUGUGGAUACGAUGUUAUUACUGUACGGCUUUGAGUCUGCACUGUUUCACUGUAUGCACAUUGCUUAGAGGAAAAGCAGCGGCUUGCACUACUUACACAAGUACGUUCUAUUCAUUUCUGUGUGUAUUAUCGGCUACAUUUUUCUGAUUUAAAUCAGAUGAGAUUGCUCAAACGCAUCUUCUAAACUCCAUUAAGUGGCAAUUGGGAAAUAGUAAAUUCCAGAAACAAAUGCCAAGUUCAGUGCGCUGCUUGCUUAUAUAAACAAUGACAGUGAAGGAUGUACGCACUUGGGAAAAAUAGCAUUUCAUACCGUGUUUAUCAGAACCCAGAAAAUUUUACAGCUGAAAAUCAUACCUAUGCAAGGAACCUUUUAAUACUGCACAAGUCUAAAGCAGCAGGCAUAUAUAUAUGUAUAUAUAUAUAUGUAUGUAUCUUCUAUCUGUGCAUAUAUAUGCGAUGCAUGCGUAGCGCUGGUUCUGCUGCAUAGUGGUGACUUUAAGUAUUAAAUCUUAACAACAAUAGACGAGUGGAAACCACUGUCUAAAAUAUUU